GAUUAAUCAAAUCAUCUGCUCUCUGUUUCUCUAUCAGGCUUUUUUUUUGUUGUUGUUUCUUCUCUUCUUUCUCUUUUACAGAAAAAGGUUUCUAGAUUCAACCUGUGACGAUAGUUUUCUACCCCUCAAGAGCAGCACCGCAUCUUUCUUUACGAAGUUGAUUUGGUCAAAAGAGUCAAGGAAGGAGAGAUGGGUUACAUGUGUGACUUCUGUGGUGAACAGAGAUCUAUGGUCUACUGUCGAUCAGAUGCUGCUUGUCUGUGUCUCUCUUGCGACCGCAGUGUUCAUUCCGCUAACGCAUUGUCCAAACGACAUUCUCGCACUCUCAUCUGCGAGAGAUGCAAUGCUCAGCCUGCUUCCGUCAGGUGUGUCGAGGAAAGAGUUUCCCUUUGUCAAAACUGUGAUUGGUCUGGCCACAGCAACAGCAACAACAAUUCUUCCUCUACCUCUUCUUCUUCUUCCCCGCCGCAGCAUAAGAGGCAAACCAUUAGCUGCUAUUCUGGCUGCCCUUCUAGCUCAGAACUCGCCUCUAUUUGGUCUUUCUGUUUGGACUUAGCCGGGCAAUCCAUUUGUGAACAAGAAUUGGGUUUGAUGAAUAUAGACGAUAAUGUUCCUACUACCGACAAAAUUUGUAUUGAGGAUAAGAAACAAGUCUUGCCCGGUUCCUCUUCAGUUCCUGAAACCAGUUCUGCUGCACAAGGGACUUCAUCAUUUGCUAAGAAGGAUGUUGGAGUGUGUGAAGAUGACUUCUAUGGGAACCUAGGUAUGGAUGAAGUUGACUUGGCGCUUGAGAACUAUGAAGAGCUCUUUGGUGUCGCCUUUAACCCCUCCGAAGAGCUAUUUGGCCAUGGUGGAAUCGAUAGUCUUUUCCAGAAGCACCAAACAGCUCCAGAGGGAGGGAAUUCAGUGCAGCCAGCAUGCAGCAAUGACUCGUUCAUGAGUUCGAAAACUGAGCCAAUAAUUUGCUUCGCAUCGAAGCCAGCACAUUCGAACAUUUCCUUCUCUGGAGUCACUGGUGAAAGUAGUGCUGGAGAUUUCCAAGAAUGUGGUGCAUCCUCUUCGCUGCAGCUCUCAGGCGAGCCACCAUGGUAUCCUCCAGCAUCACAGGAUAACAAUGCUUGCUCACAUUCAGUAACCCGUAAUAAUGCAGUUAUGCGUUACAAGGAAAAGAAGAAGGCUCGCAAGUUUGAUAAGAGAGUGAGGUAUGCUUCUCGCAAAGCAAGAGCAGAUGUGAGACGGCGUGUAAAGGGGAGAUUUGUCAAAGCUGGUGAAGCUUAUGAUUACGACCCUCUCACCCCAACUAGAAGCUAUUGAAGAGUGUCUUUGAAAGGUAAACAAAGGUAGAUACAGAUAGCAAGAAAAUCCGAACAAGAAAGGUUUUUGACUUAUGGGAAAAUUUCAAGUGAGCAACUUGGAAAAGAUUGUGGGUUAUAGUUGUUAACAAAACAAGACUACUCUAGUUUGAACAGAUCCAAGACUGACUCUUUGUAAGCAAAGCAAUCAUUCAUUCUCGGGAUUCAAUUGGUUUUUUGUUGUGGCCUCAGAAGCUUCAUUCUUGUUCAGAGGGAGGAGGGAUCAUUCUCUGACUUUCCUUGCAAAAAACAAUUACCCCAAACUCCGAUUUCUUCUUCUUCAGGCGUCUCACUGAUCAAGGUUCCAUGAGUUUUGUUCUUUUCUUGGUAGUUUAAAGCAGCAGGAAGAUUUAGAGUAAUUUAAACAAUAUGAUUGUAUAUGCAUGCCUGUCUAUUUGUCUGUAUACUCCCAUAAAUGUUUUCUAUUUUUGUACUCGCGGCAUUCUUGUAAAUUAAAGACGUUAUCCAGAAUCUAUCUAUCAGACAAAGUUAUGUGGUACCACUUAAUAAUCUAA